AGCAGAGAGGCGUUUCUGAAGAUCACCCUGAACUUCCUGAGGAGGAUGAAGCAGGAGGAGCUGGCUGACUGUCUGCAGAGCAGUAAGAGGAUUUCGGUUCAUGUUCUGCGAUCCGGACCUCCUGUUUCUGUUAACCCUUCCUGAUCACACAAUAGUGGGCGUUUCACCAAAACUAUGAGCUUUUCCUUGUCCAGAUCGGACAUGUUUUCUCCUUGUGUGGGAGCUACGCAAUAUCGGGUUGAAAAUUCAAUAUCAGAAGACAGCAAAAAGUUAAAGUUUUAAUACUUUGGAUGGUAUUGUUGCCUAUCGUUGCCAGUAUUCUCUGCCUGCCUUGCCUAAUUUUACCGUCCUGCUCUCAUUCACUAAAGUGACAUUCGGUUUGGCGUCUGCAGAAUUCCAUGUGAAUGCGGUGUUACAGAUCAGGAUCUCCUGCCAUGUGCCAGUUUAACCUCAAGACCAACUUGAAGAAGAGGUUCCAGUGUGUGUUUGAGGGGAUCACUAAAGCAGGAAAUCAAACUCUCCUGAAUGAGAUCUACACAGAGCUCUACAUCACAGAGGGAGGGACUGCAGAGGUCAAUGAUGAACAUGAGGUCAGACAGAUUGAAUCAGCAUCCAGGAAACCAGACAGACCAGAAACAACCAUCAGACAAGAAGACGUCUUUAAAGGCUCACCUGGACGAGACGAACCGAUCAGAACAGUGAUGACAAAGGGAGUGGCUGGCAUCGGGAAAACGGUCCUAACACAGAAGUUCACUCUGGACUGGGCUGAAGACAAAGCCAACCGGGACAUCCAGUUCACAUUUCCAUUCACGUUCAGAGAGCUGAAUGUGCUGAAAGAGAAAAAGUACAGCUUGGUGGAGCUUGUUCAUCACUUCUUCACUGAAACCAAAGAAGCAGGAAUCUGCAGGUUUGAAGACUUCCAGGUCGUCUUCAUCUUUGACGGUCUGGAUGAGUGUCGACUUCCUCUGGACUUCCACAACAACGAGAUCCUGACUGACGUCACAGAGUCCACCUCAGUGGAUGUGCUGCUGACAAACCUCAUCAGGGGGAAACUGCUUCCCUCCGCUCGCCUCUGGAUAACCACACGACCUGCAGCAGCCAAUCAGAUCCCUCCUGAGUGCGUUGACAUGGUGACAGAGGUCAGAGGGUUCACCGACCCACAGAAGGAGGAGUACUUCGGGAGGAGGUUCAGAGAUGAGGAGCAGGCCGGCAGGAUCAUCUCCCACAUCAAGACUUCCCGAAGCCUCCACAUCAUGUGCCACAUCCCAGUCUUCUGCUGGAUCACUGCUACAGUCCUGGAGGACGUGUUGGAGACCAGAGAGGGAGGACAGCUGCCCAAGACCCUGACUGAGAUGUACAUCCACUUCCUGGUGGUUCAGAUUAAACUGAAGAACCUAAAGUAUGACGGAGGAGCUGAGACAGAUCCACACUGGAGUCCAGAGAGCAGGAAGAUGAUGGAGUCUCUGGGAAAACUGGCUUUUGAGCAGCUGCAGAAAGGAAACCUGAUCUUCUACGAGUCCGACCUGACAGAGUGUGCCAUCGAUAUCAGAGCAGCCUCAGUGUACUCAGGAGUGUUCACACAGGUCUUUAAAGAGGAGAGAGGACUGUACCAGGACAAGGUCUUCUGCUUCGUCCAUCUGAGUGUUCAGGAGUUUCUGGCUGCUCUUCAUGUCCAUCUGACCUUCAUCAACUCUGGAGUCAAUCUGAUAGAAGAACAACAAACUACAUCCCAACAGUCUGAAACAAGAAAACACAAACCUGAACCAACACGUCUCUACCAGAGUGCUGUGGACAAGGCCUUACAGAGUCCAAAUGGACACCUGGACUUGUUCCUCCGCUUCCUCCUGGGUCUUUCUCAAGAGACCAAUCAAAGUCUCCUACGAGGUCUACUGACACAGAUGGGACGUAGCUCACAGACCAAUCAGGAAACGAUCAAAUACAUCAAGACAAAGAUUGAGGAGAACCCACGUCCAGAGCGAUGCAUCAACCUGUUCCACUGUCUGAAUGAGCUGAAUGAUCGCUCUCUGGUGGAGGAGAUCCAACAGUCCCUGAGUUCGGGACGACUAUCCACAGAUGAACUGUCUCCUGCUCAGUGGUCAGCUCUGGUCUUUAUCUUACUGUCAUCAGAAGAAGAUCUGGACGUGUUUGACCUGAAGAAAUACUCUGCUUCAGAGGAGGCUCUUCUGAGGCUGCUGCCAGUGGUCAAAGCCUCCAACAAAGCUCUACUGAGUGGUUGUAACCUCUCAGAGAGAAGCUGUGCAGAUCUGUCCUCAGUCCUCAGCUCCCAGUCCUCUAGUCUGAGACACCUGGACCUGAGUAACAACGACCUGCAGGAUUCAGGAGUGAAACUUCUGUCUGCUGGACUGAGGAGUCCACACUGUACUCUGGAGACUCUCAGUCUGUCGGGCUGUCUGGUCUCAGAAGAAGGCUGUGCUGCUCUGGCCUCAGCUCUGAGCUCCAAUCCCUUCCAUCUGAGAGAGCUGGACCUGAGCUACAACCAUCCAGGAGACUCAGGACUGAAGCGUCUGUCUGCUGGACUGGAGGAUCCACACUGGAGACUGAACACUCUCAGGGUGGAGCCCGGUGGAGUCCAGUGGUUGGAACCAGGUUUGAGGAAGUAUUCCUGCCAACUCACACUGGACCCAAACACGGCGCACAAAUUCCUCAAGCUGUCUGAAAACAACCAGAAGGUGACCGAUCUGAGAAAGGAGCACCCAUACCGCCAUCACCCGGACAGGUUCGACUACUGGCCUCAGGUGCUGUGUGAGAAUGGUCUGACUGGUCGCUGUUACUGGGAGGUGGAGUGGUGGGGAAAGGUUUACGUCGCGGUGAGUUACAGGGGAAUCGGAAGGAACGGGGACCGCGACAGCUCAAAGUUUGGAGGGAACGACCGGUCCUGGUGUCUGAGCUGCACUGAUGGCGGAUACAACGCCUGGCACAACAACAGCGGGACACUCAUCCCUGUCCCUUCGUCCUCCAACAGAGUAGCAGUGUACCUGGACUGUCCUGCCGGGACUCUGUCCUUCUACAAAGUCUCCUCUGACACUCUGAUCCACCUCCACACCUUCAAAACCACAUUCACUGAACCUCUGUACCCUGGGUUUGGGUAUGGGGUGAAGUUAAACUCCUUUGCAUUUCUGCGCCCGCUGUCCUAGCUGGACAUGUUGUGGUUCCGUUCUGUCCUGAUUGAUGGGACCAAGCUGGACCGGGGCGAUUUGGAUGUGAAGAUAGUGUGAUCUCGUCUUCAGAAUUAGUCGUUCUCAGUCAACUUAAAUGCCUCCACAACUUAAACUCUCAGAACUACCACAAGUUGAAGUUCACUUUACGAGGGUACACAGUCCGACGCUCCUCGCCACCGACGAUUUCACCAAAGUUGGUGCUUUUCUUUUUGUUGCCUUGCCACUCGUAAUAGUCCUGGCUGGAGGCAUCGUGUUUUUGUGUUGUUAGACCAUCCAUGUGUUUGUCUGUGCCUUGAAGGAAUUAAUUUAAAUUUGGCACAAACAUCCACUUUGAGCCCAUGAUAAACUGAUUUGAUU